CAUCUACAGGCGGACGUAGACUGCUACCUCUUGCCGCCCCGAUACACCACUUCACUGCAGCAAAAUACAGCACAGGCCAGGGCUACUGUCUUUUUCUAAGUAAGAGAAAGAAACGUUGUCAAGAUGUCUGACAUGGAAGACGAUUUCAUGUGCGACGACGAGGAAGAUUAUGACCUGGAAUAUUCAGAAGACAGUAAUUCUGAGCCAAAUGUGGACCUGGAAAACCAGUACUACAACUCCAAAGCCUUGAAGGAGGAUGAUCCCAAAGCAGCACUAAGCAGUUUCCAGAAGGUGUUGGAACUAGAAGGAGAAAAAGGAGAAUGGGGUUUCAAAGCUCUAAAACAGAUGAUCAAAAUCAACUUCAAGCUGACGAACUUUCCAGAGAUGAUGAAUAGGUACAAACAGCUCCUCACAUACAUCAGAAGUGCUGUCACAAGGAAUUACUCAGAGAAGUCCAUCAACUCCAUUCUGGACUAUAUCUCUACCUCCAAACAGAUGGAUUUGCUGCAGGAGUUCUAUGAAACCACUUUGGAAGCUUUGAAAGAUGCAAAAAAUGAUAGACUGUGGUUUAAAACUAACACAAAGUUGGGAAAAUUGUACUUGGAAAGAGAAGAGUAUGGGAAACUGCAAAAGAUCCUUAGGCAACUUCAUCAGUCCUGUCAGACAGAUGAUGGUGAGGAUGAUCUAAAGAAGGGCACACAGCUUUUGGAGAUCUAUGCUCUGGAGAUUCAGAUGUAUACAGCACAAAAGAACAACAAAAAAUUGAAAGCCCUGUAUGAGCAGUCACUUCAUAUUAAAUCUGCCAUUCCUCACCCACUCAUAAUGGGAGUUAUCAGAGAGUGUGGUGGGAAGAUGCAUCUGAGAGAGGGCGAGUUUGAGAAAGCUCACACAGACUUCUUUGAAGCGUUCAAAAACUACGAUGAGUCUGGAAGUCCAAGGAGGACAACAUGCCUGAAGUACCUGGUCUUGGCCAACAUGCUGAUGAAGUCAGGAAUUAAUCCUUUUGACUCUCAAGAGGCCAAACCAUAUAAAAAUGACCCAGAGAUCCUAGCAAUGACAAAUUUAGUAAGCGCCUACCAGAACAAUGACAUCACUGAAUUUGAGAAAAUCUUGAAAACAAAUCACAGUAACAUAAUGGAUGACCCAUUCAUUAGAGAGCACAUAGAGGAACUCCUGCGAAACAUUAGAACUCAAGUACUUAUCAAACUCAUCAAGCCAUACACAAGAAUUCAUAUCCCUUUUAUUUCUAAGGAGCUGAACAUUGAUGUGUGUGAUGUUGAAAGUUUGCUUGUGCAGUGCAUCUUGGAUAACACAAUCCAUGGCCGAAUUGACCAAGUUAACCAGCUUUUAGAACUGGACUACCAGAAGAGAGGAGGCGCUCGCUACACAGCUUUAGACAAAUGGACUAAUCAGCUGAACUCUCUGAACCAAGCCAUUGUUAGCAAACUUACAUGAUAGCAUGUAAAAUCAAAGCGAAAAGGAAAAAGGCCUUUUUUGAAAACAUCCAUUAAGUUUACUACUGCGCUUCAAGUAAAUUCUCUGAGACAGCACAGGUUAUGAAAAUACAACCAGUUUCAAGGAGAUGCCAAGAACUUGUUUCUUGUUCAAAGUGUGUUGUUUUGUCCUUUUAUUAGAGGAAAUCAAAGACACUUAUUUUUGUUUUUCAAGUUCCUGGUUGGCAGAUCCAAGUGCAACACAAAACGCUUCAGUAGUUUAGAAAACAGAAAGUCCAAAUGUUGAAAAACCUGUACACAGUAUUUAAAUGUAUACUGUUGCCUGUUGAUAAUAAACUGUCUAUCCGCAUUAAA